AUGAAAUUCGAACGGUCCGUGCGCACUUCCGAGGAGUGCAAAGAGAGACGGGCGGAGCGGAAAGAUGGAAUGGAGAAGGCGGGGGCGACGAACAAGCAAUACACAGCACAGGUGUGUUAUGAUGCUGCUAGUCCUGUUCCCUUGUACCCUGCCUUGUACCUCUCUCUUCCUCCUCCAACAACAGCUGCAGCUGCACAUCUACAGCACAUCUCUCCCCUCUGCAAUAGCUAG